GUCUUUCCUCAUCUGCGGGUGAUCCCAUUUUAUCAUAUGCCCGCGGAUUCUCCACCUCUCAGCAGCGGCAUUCGCAAGCGGUGUUUCUGCCGAAUUUGUAAGAGAUCUUGACUGACGAUUCAGGAGGACAUGGGCGUCCCGGAUAAGGAUCCAAGGGAGGAAGUGAUUCAGGCAUGGUACAUGGAUGAUAGCGAUGAAGAUCAGAGACUCCCACAUCACCGUGAUCCAAAGGAAUAUGUAUCCUUGGAUAAACUUGCUGAACUUGGAGUGCUAAGCUGGCUAUUGGAUGCUGAUAAUUACGAGAAUGAUGAGGAGUUGAAGAAAAUUCGUGAAGAACGUGGAUACUCUUACAUGGACUUCUGUGAGGUGUGCCCAGAGAAACUGCCAAAUUAUGAAGAGAAGAUAAAAAAUUUCUUUGAAGAACAUCUUCAUACUGAUGAAGAGAUUCGGUACUGUGUUGCCGGAAGUGGUUAUUUUGAUGUCAGGGAUCACAAUGAUCUAUGGAUUCGUGUAUGGGUAAAGAAAGGUGGAAUGAUUGUUUUACCUGCAGGAAUUUAUCACCGCUUUACUCUUGAUACUGAUAACUACAUCAAGGCAAUGAGGCUUUUUGUUGGUGAGCCGGUUUGGACUCCUUACAACCGUCCUCAUGAUGAUCUUCCUGCAAGGAAGGGAUAUCUUGAAAAUUUUGUACAGAAGAAAGGUGGUAACCAGGCUAUUAAUGCAGCAGCAUGAAAUUGACACUAGCUCAGUUACUCCUGCGUAGCAUUUUAAAGGAUACUAUACUUAAGAAGGAUAUAAACAGAAAAUAGCCUAUAUUGGAUAUAAUAAAGGCAUUCAAGCCCAUAUGCUGGAUGAGGGUAUGGAUUGUGGUGUGUGUAAUGUGUGUAUGUGUAUAUAUAUAUAUAUAUAUGUAUGUAUGUAUGUAUGGAUGACACCAAUGACUUGUUUGGUUUGAGUAAAAGGAGUUCAGUUUCUUUUAAAUAAAGUCUUGAAUUUAGGUCUUGUGAUUAAAGAAACAGGUGUUGA